UGAUUAGUUUAAGACAUAUCGGACACGGUCGACGACAGUUAUGGUUGCUAUUCGGACGUGCUCAUACAAUAAGUCAAACUUGGUGUACUAAUGUUAGACUAUACUAAACGACUAGACGACGACGUGAGCAAAAUACUUAAAAUCGUAUUCUCCAAGACUAGUUCGUGAGGCUGUGACCAACAAACUCUGUGACGCGAUAUUAAGCUUAUAAUUCGGAAUUUGGAAAGCUUAAGCUAAAGCUAGCGAUCAAUUAAAUUUGUGAUAUGAGAUCUAGUACUAAAUUAUUACUGAUGACGGUGGGACUAAUCUGUGUAUCGGCUUUUAUUGCCUUCGGUAUGAGGUUUGCUCUAGGAGAGAGCACUGUGCCGCCUCUACAACAUUUUCAACAUAAAUUCACUAUCGACUACGAACAAAAUGUCUUUCUUAUGGAUUCAAAACCUUUUCGAUAUGUAUCGGGAUCUUUUCAUUAUUUCCGGGCAGUGCCAGAAGUUUGGCGCGACCGGUUACGAACUAUGCGUGCUUGUGGAUUGAAUGCAGUUGAUACUUAUAUAGAAUGGUCUUUACAUAAUCCAAAAGACGGUGAAUACACCUUCGAUGGAAUUGCAGAUGUGGAGAAAUUCAUACAAAUAGCUCAAGAGGAAGACUUGUAUGUCAUUCUGCGACCUGGUCCAUAUAUUUGCGCUGAACGAGAUAAUGGUGGUCUACCUCAUUGGCUGUUUACCAAAUAUCCUGAUAUCAAGCCACGUACAAGUGAUGCCAAUUACACGUCAGAGGUAUCAAUUUGGUAUGCUAAUAUCAUGAAACGUAUGAAACCAUAUCUGUACGGCAAUGGAGGACCAAUUAUAAUGGUUCAAGUUGAAAACGAGUAUGGGUCGUUCGACGCCUGUGACAAAGACUACCUCCGAUGGCUUCGCGAUGAAACAAACAAGUAUGUUCGUAGUGGUGAUGCAGUUUUAUUCACAACAGAUAUUCCCAAUGAUCGAAUAAGUUGUGGCAAGAUCGAAGAUGUUUUUGCGACAACGGAUUUUGGACUCGAAAGAGCUUCAGAAAUUGAUGAUGUAUGGUCAACUUUGAGAUCGGUUCAACCGAAUGGUCCACUGGUUAAUUCAGAGUUUUAUCCAGGAUGGCUUACUCACUGGCAAGAAGGAAAUGAACGUAGAGAUGGAGCAGCUGUAGCGGAAGCAUUAAGAAAUAUUUUGACGUAUCGUGCAAAUGUCAAUAUUUACAUGUUCUUUGGCGGAACAAACUUUGGAUUUACAGCUGGUGCCAAUGACUGGGGCUUCGGCAAUUACACUCCCGACAUAACUUCUUACGAUUAUGAUGCUGUUAUGGAUGAAGCAGGCGACGUAACUCCCAAAUACAUGCAAGUUCGAGAUGUUUUAAAAGAAUUCAUGAUAAUGCCAGCAAUUGAAGUGCCAGCAAAAAGCCCCAAAACAGCUUACGGUUCAAUUCAAUUAAAAUCAAUGGGUGAUAUACUUUCACCAGCUGGUCUUGAAGCACUUUCAGUGAAACAAGUCACAUCAAAGUUGCCAUUGUCUUUCGAAGAGCUUGAUCAAUAUUCCGGUUUAGUAUUGUAUGAGACUGUUCUUCCUAAAAUUGAAAUCGAUCCAACUAUAUUGACAGUUAACAAAUUACACGACCGAGGUUUAGUUUAUAUUGAUGGCCAGUUUAUUGGUACACUAUCGCGUCAGAAUAAAAUAAGUUCACUUCCUCUGAAUGCUGGUGUGAUCGGGGAAAAGUUGCAAAUUCUUGUUGAAAACCAAGGCCGGAUUAACUUUAAUAUUGCCAACGACACUAAAGGUAUCCUUGGCCCUGUGACAAUUCAAAAGCUCAAUGGAAGUAAAAUUGAACUUCUUAAUUGGACUUCGAGUUCAUUGCCGCUGAAAAUUGAAGAGAUUUCGAAGUUUUUGGAGAUUCAAAAAAAUUCUGCUAAUUUUUCUUCAGAACAACAGGGUAUUCUUGUUAAUGGACCUGUAGUUUUUUACGGCGAGUUGAAUAUUGAUGAGAAUCCAACAGAUACAUAUCUUAAUACUGAAGGCUGGGGAAAGGGUGUGGCUUAUAUAAAUGGCUUUAAUCUUGGAAGAUAUUGGCCAUUGGUGGGUCCGCAGAUCACGAUGUAUGUUCCAGGGCCAGUACUACGAAAAGGUUUAAAUGAAAUAGUACUGUUGGAGUUCCAAAAGACGUCUUCUGAUUUACGGAUUAACUUUUCUGACGUUGCUCGCUUGGAUGGUGUUUAAUUUUUUUUUUUUUAAUAUUUAAAGGAAAUAAAUAUUUAAUCAUUUUGUUUAGAUAAA